CUACAUGCUGACGAUGUCCAUGGCGAUUGACCAAGCGAAAGAUAACCCCUUCAACCCGCUCCUCCACACGCCGAUCGCCUCUGGCGGAUCAGGCACCAAAGAGCUGUACAGCCCCAUUGCGUUUGAUAUCCUACUAUCCUGAAUGCACUCAGCAUCGUCAGCAGUAUCCUCAGCAUCACAAUCCUCAUAUUUCUGCGCAAACGUCACCAUGGGUAUAAACAGAGGUGGAGUGCACAGCCGAAUUUCGCAGCGCGUAAUCAUGCUGGCAUCUAUCAUCGAUAUUCUGUAUAGUGGGUUCAGGAUAUACAACAUGGCCAUUCAGUCAAUCGAAUACACGCAGCGACAGCGAGCAAAACUGCCAGGCCGCUAUGUUUGGCAUGACAUUCUUUGCGCUGUUGUCUGUGUUCACUCGGGCAUUGCUGAGUGUCCAUGUGCAUAUGGUCGUUGUGUACAGAGUUAGUCGUGCUGUAGCUUACGAGACGAGAUUCAUGGUAAGCGCAUUUUUUGUAGCACUGGCGCUGGCUUUAUUGCCGCUGACCAGGUACUCGUACGCAUGGAUCACGUUCGAUCCGACUCUAGGCUCUGGCCACUGUUCAUAUUUUUCUCUGGAAUCGGUUCCGCGCGAUUACGCAGCACAUUCAAUGCCUGAGGAUGAGGCGAGACGGGCUGUUGUUUCUGGGCUGCUGUGGUGCUGGGCCACUUAUUUCGCCUGGGUCGCCUUAACUGUCGCUUACUGCAUCAUGGUUGUAGCCGUAGUGAUCUGGCGCCUGUGGAGCGACCGCCAGCGGACAUCUCGGCUGAUCUCUCAGCACCAGCAGAUGAUUGAUACACAGAAUGAACGUGAAAUGCCCGAGCCGCACCCAGAUGAGCUUGAAAGCAAGGAAUCCGAUGGCGCAGAGUACAUGCUGGUAUUUGCACGGUGGGGCGCCGAGCGGCGGGAACUCUGGGCAUUGGCGAACAAGGUUCUCCGGCGAGUUGCCCAGUUCCUGCCACCAUCAUCGCCUGCCAUACACUGGAGGUUGCCUGGGCUACAACAACGCUAAUGCGCAUCAUGCCGAUUCUCCAUUCAGGGGUAGCUAAAGGCACAGCCGAUCUGAAGCG